AUGUCGUCAAUCGUUUACAAAUACUAUCCCACCAAAAAAGCCACCAUAAUAACGGCUCCAUUUUCAGGCGGCCAGCCAAAAGGUGGCGUGGAUUUGGGUCCCGAGUACAUUCUCAACGCCGGUUUCCAAAAGCAACUCGACUCGUUGGGCUGGAAAACUACCGUGGAGAACCCGUUACAGUUGCUCGAUUUGGAGGCCAAAAAAUCCAACAUUAGAGAUGAGUUUCGGGUGAAAAACUCAGCCAUCGUGUCCCAGUGCUGCAAACAGAUAUUUGACGCUUCCGCCAAGAGUUUAGCCAAUGAUUCCAUGCCCGUGGUGAUUGGAGGUGACCAUUCCAUUGGCACUGCAACGUUGGCAGCAGCACUUUCGCAUAACCCGGAAACGUGUGUCAUUUGGGUUGACGCACACGCGGAUAUCAACACGCCUGCAACAACAGAAUCGGGCAAUUUGCACGGAUGCCCCAUAAGUUUCGUGAUGGGGCUUGAAAAGGAAUCGUAUCCUCCCGAGUUUGCAUGGGUGCCACAAUUGCUCAAGUCCAACAAGCUUGUUUACAUUGGCUUGCGUGACGUCGAUGAAGGUGAAAAGCGUAUAUUGCGCGAGCACAAUAUCGCCGCGUUUUCCAUGUACCAUAUUGACAAGUACGGCAUUGGCCGUGUUGUGGAAAUGGCUUUGGAUAAAGUCAACCCAAAUCGCGAUUGCCCUAUCCACUUGUCAUAUGACGUUGACGCGAUUGAUCCCAGCUUUGUUCCUGCCACCGGUACCAGAGUUGAAGGCGGGUUGAGUUUGAGAGAAGGAUUAUUUAUCGCUGAGGAUAUUGCACAAACGGGGCUUUUGCAGAGUUUGGAUAUCGUCGAGACCAACCCCAUGUUGGCUGAAACCGAAGAACAUGUCUUGGAUACUGUGAGUGCUGCUUGUGCCAUCGGUCGGUGUGCAUUGGGCCAAACCUUGUUGUAG